CAAAUGCAAAACCGAAUGGGCUUUAUUGCGUAUUACGUCAACGCGCUAAUCGCCGUUGUGAGGGAUCUGAGCGCAGCUGCAGCUUUGUACAGCAGAGGAAGCAUGGCAUCCCUUUCACUUGCUCCUGUGAAUAUUUUCAGACCUGGUGCCGAUGAGGAGAAGGCCGAAACAGCCCGACUGUCUUCCUUCAUUGGUGCCAUAGCCAUUGGGGAUUUGGUUAAAAGCACUUUGGGACCAAAAGGAAUGGACAAGAUUCUUCUUAGCAGUGGAAGGGAAGGCUCAGUCACAGUGACAAAUGAUGGCGCCACCAUUCUGAAGGCAAUUGGUAUUGACAACCCGGCAGCCAAGGUGCUUGUUGAUAUGUCCAAAGUUCAAGAUGAUGAAGUUGGGGAUGGAACCACAUCUGUCACUGUGCUGGCAGCUGAGCUGUUGAGGGAAGCAGAACUCCUUAUUGCAAAGAAGAUCCAUCCUCAGAUCAUCAUCUCUGGCUGGAGAAAAGCAACCCAGGCAGCGAGGGAUGCCUUGAGGAGUGCUGCUGUAGACCAUGGAAACGAUGAAGUGAAAUUCCGUGAAGACCUGAUGAACAUUGCCAGAACCACCCUGUCCUCGAAGCUGCUGACUCACCACAAGGAGCACUUUUCCAACCUGGCAGUGCAAGCUGUGCUCAGACUGAAGGGCUCUGGCAAUCUGGAGGCUAUCCAUGUCAUUAAGAAGCUUGGCGGCAGCUUGACAGAUUCAUACUUGGAUGAAGGUUUUCUGCUAGAUAAGAAGAUUGGUGUAAACCAGCCCAAAAGAAUUGAAAAUGCAAAAAUACUCAUUGCAAACACUGGCAUGGACACAGAUAAAAUUAAGAUAUUUGGUUCCCGAGUGAGAGUGGACUCCACAGCCAAGAUAGCAGAAAUUGAACAGGCAGAGAAAGAAAAGAUGAAGGAAAAGGUUGAACGCAUCCUGAAGCAUGGAAUCAAUUGUUUUAUUAACAGGCAGCUCAUCUAUAACUACCCCGAGCAGCUGUUUGGUGCAGCUGGUGUGAUGGCUAUUGAGCAUGCUGACUUUGCUGGGGUGGAACGCCUCGCACUUGUUACCGGUGGUGAAAUUGCUUCAACCUUUGAUCACCCAGAGAUGGUGAAACUGGGCCACUGUAAACUUAUUGAAGAAGUCAUGAUUGGAGAGGACAAGCUGAUCCACUUCUCUGGAGUGGACAUGGGUGAGGCUUGUACCAUCGUCCUCCGAGGAGCGACACAGCAGAUCCUGGAUGAAUCGGAGAGAUCUUUACAUGAUGCCCUCUGUGUUCUUUCCCAGACAGUGAAAGAAACCAGGACUGUCUUUGGUGGAGGCUGCUCGGAGAUGCUGAUGGCCAAGGUUGUAACUGAUCUGGCUAUCAGAACACCAGGCAAGGAGGCGGUUGCUAUGGAAUCGUUUGCUAAAGCACUUGCAAUGCUGCCAACUAUCAUAGCUGACAAUGCAGGGUAUGACAGUGCAGAUCUGGUUGCUCAGCUAAGGGCAGCUCAUGUGGAAGGAAAGACUACCUAUGGUCUGGACAUGGUCAAUGGAACUAUUGGAGACAUGGUGGAGCUGGGAGUCACAGAAAGCUUCCAGGUGAAAAGGCAAGUCCUGCUGAGUGCAGCGGAAGCAGCAGAGAUGAUCCUCCGUGUGGAUAACAUCAUAAAGGCAGCACCAAGAAAACGAGUACCAGACCACCAUCCGUGUUAAUCGCUACAUCUCCAGGAACGUGUGGACCAGAUAUUACCAGGGGGAGAUCAGAGAACAAUCUUGUGGCAGAACGGAGCUGGGUGCAUGAGGAGAAUGGCUUGCGUAUUUAUAACCCUUAGAAAUGCUGCCUGCCAGGUUCAUUUACCUGUGGCUGUCUGUACCGACUCUGUAGUUCUUAUUCUUCCAUCUGUGUGUGAGAACUUGCUGUUUUUGUUAAAUUUAACAUUUGUUUUCCCAUCAUAAAAAUGGCACAAUUA